AUGUCAACCUACCAGGACUUUGGCAUAGCUAAACAAAAAUUAAAUAAUAUAUUUCUUGGUAUACUGGACUACGGGAUCAGAGCAUCUGAACAUAUAAAUGAUUUGAGUGGGAUAUGCCCGGAUGUGAUUGAUGGAAAUGAAUUAAACCUUUUAUUAUAUUAUGAAUCUCAAGUCGAAGCAAUUUAUGAAGUAUUCAACCAUGUUCAUAUGAAAGUUGCUGUUUUUGGCAGAACAAGCAGUGGAAAGAGUACGGUUGUGAAUGCAAUGUUGGGAGAAAAUGUCCUCCCAAGUGGUAUUGGUCAUACAACUAACGGUUUUCUGCAAGUUGAAGGGUCUCCUACUGGUAAUGCAUAUUUAAAUACUGAAGGCAUAUUACCUAUACAACAUAAUGUAGAGUCUGCUACUUAUUUGGCACACAUAUUGAAAAACAUUAUUAAACCAAAUAAAAAAAAAUUGGUACAUGUGUGUUGGCCAAAAGAAAACUGUGGAUUAUUAAAAGAUGAUGUAGCAUUAGUUGACUCUCCAGGAAUAGAUACUACACCAUGUUUGGAUGAGUGGAUUGAUGGUCAUUGCAUUAAUGCUGAUGCUUUUGUGCUAGUUAUUAAUGCUGAAUCCACAUUAAUAGAUACUGAAAUUAAUUUUCUUCAUAAAGUUUCAAAAAAAUUACCAAACACAAAUAUAUUUAUAUUGAUUAACUGCCCUGAUGAAUCCGAGUUAUUUGACCAGGAAUGUAAACAAAAAAUGAAGAAAAAUAUAGAUUUACUGGAGAAGAAAUUGAAAGAAUAUACAUAUGAGUCAUAUUCUCAAAUGUUUUUUAUUUCAGCCAAGGAAGUCUUAGAAUUCCGUGUAAAAGUACGCAAUGGAUUACAGCCAAUUAUCAAACCAUUUAGUAAGAAAUAUUGGGAGUUUUUAGAUUUUGAAAAGCAAUUAGAGGAUUGUAUCUCAAAAUCGGCACUGUUAAAGUUUUUUAACUAUUCAAUGCAUGGGAAAUAUUUGCUCUCAGAAAUGAAUACAAUUAUGGAUAUAAUUAACACCAGGAGUGAAGAACAAACACAUUUCAGCAUGAGUCAGAUAAAUGAAAUUCAAGAUAAAUUUAAUGUUACUGAAGAACAAUUUGAAAAUAUAACAAAUCAAAAUUUACCAAUCACUGCUACUGAUUAUUCAUUCAGUAGCCUUGAUGAUUAUUUGGCUGUGGAACCAAAUUUACCUUUGAUAUCUCGUGUUUCAUCUAGGGAUGCAGGAACUCAAGGUUCAGUCUUAGGAGGAAUAGUUUUAGCAGGAUUUAUGUUUAAAACAAUUGGAUGGAGUUCGAUGAUAGCAGCUGGUGCUAUUUAUGGUGGUGUUUGUCUAUAUGAGUAUUUAUCCAGGACAACAAAAGCAAAAGAACGAUCAUUAAAAAAGCAAUAUAUUGAUCAUGCGACUAGCAAACUUCAAUUGAGUGUUGAUAUCCCAUCUUCAAAUUAUAGUCAACAAGUACAGCAGGAACUUUCUACAGCUUUUGCGCAAUCGGACCAAUUAUUUGAUGAAUUCGCUAUUAAUGUCAAUGGAGAAAUGAAAAAUGUGGAGUCCGAACCCAACAUAUUAACUAAAACACCUGACUCUGCAAUGAUUUUUAUAAACGAUGAAGUGUAUUGGUUGAAUGAAGAUUUCAUUCAGUUGCACAGUUUUUUGAAGGACAGAAUACAAUUUUUUUGA